CGAAACUGGUGUAAAAAAUAGUGGUUGCUAUUCGAAUUUACGAAGUUUACAAGCAAAUGACCUCUGAGGUCAUUAUCCGGGUCAUAUUGGUGAUCACUAAUAAGUUCCUUUUUCGAUCAUCGGAAACUCCUACUGCAGACCCACUCUAUGUCUGUCGCUGCUGACCGGCAGAUGCAGUCCCACUCUAUGUCUGUCGCUGCUGACCGGCAGAUCGACGGUGGCUGGGGGAAGAUGACACGACGCCAAGACGCCAAUGCUUUCAACCGAUUCAACGCAGCGCAAUAAGACGUUAUAUUUGUUGGUUACUUAAGAUUGUUGGAAUAUAUAUUUAUUACUGCAAGUAGUAUUGAUCGACUAACGGCUCACCAUCCUAGACAACAUCAGAAGUGUGUGUUUUACGGUGGUUCCCAAUUUUAGCAAAUAUUCUGCAGGCUGUUGUUUGCUCAGAGAUUGGACAAGAUGCCAAAGCAAAAGCAAGGGAAAUCCAGAAAACGAAGUAGAAGAGAACCUUCCUCGUCUUCAACAACCAGUAGUUCUUCCGGCAGUUCUAGCAAUAGUAAUGGGCAUAAACAUAAGAGAUCCAGGUACGUUCGGGACGAACGUGACGUCAGGAUGGCCGUGCAGACCCACUCUAUGUCUGUCGCUGCUGACCGGCAGAUGCAGUCCCACUCUAUGUCUGUCGCUGCUGACCGGCAGAUCGACGGUGGCUGGGGGAAGAUGACACGACGCCAAGACGCCAAUGCUUUCAACCGAUUCAACGCAGCGCAAUAAGACGUUAUAUUUGUUGGUUACUUAAGAUUGUUGGAAUAUAUAUUUAUUACUGCAAGUAGUAUUGAUCGACUAACGGCUCACCAUCCUAGACAACA